AUGCCCAAAAUCACCACCAUUGAGUACUUCCGUGUACCGCCGCGCUGGCUUUACGUCAAGAUCACAGCCGAAAAUGGCGGCUACGGCUGGGGCGAGGCGUCGCUGGAGGGCCAUACGGAGGCUGUUGAAGGUGCGCUGGAAGAGCUGCGAGAGCGCCUUGUAGGGUGUGAAGCAAACGAGAUUGAGAAGAUAUGGCAGAGUGUUUGGAGACUUGGGUUCUACCGUGGGGGGCCCGUAUUCCAGUCUGCGCUGUCGGGGAUUGAUAUUGCGCUCUGGGACUUGAAAGCACGCGGUCUCAACGUUCCCAUCUACGAACUCCUCGGCGGCAAAGUCCGUGAGAAGAUCAAAGUCUACGCCUGGAUUGGCGGCGACAAACCAUCUGAUGUCAAACUCCAAGCCGAAGCACGCAUGUCCCAAGGUUUCCGCGCUAUCAAAAUGAAUGCCACCGGCGACGUCGCCUGGCUCGACUCCCCCACCGCCCUCGACUCCUGCGUCGACCGCCUCCAAACCGUCAAAUCCCUCGGCCUCGACGCAGGCAUCGACUUCCACGGCCGCCUGCACAAGCCCAUGGCCAAGCAGCUUGUCAAGCUCCUCGAGCCCCACCGCCCCCUCUUCAUCGAAGAACCACUACUAUCCGAGCACCCCGAGGGGAUCCGAGAGCUGGCGGGUCUCACAACAACUCCCAUCGCACUGGGCGAACGCCUGUACAGUCGAUGGGACGUGAAGCCAUUCUUGGGCUGCGUAGAUAUCCUACAGCCCGACAUCUGCCAUGUCGGCGGCAUCUCCGAGAUACGGCGGAUUGCGGCCAUGGCGGAGGCUUUCGAUGUGGCUUUGGCGCCGCACUGCCCGCUGGGGUCCAUAGCGCUCGCAGCGUGUCUACAGGUUGCGGCCGCGACGCAGAACCACGUGAUUCAGGAGAUGUCAUUGGGGAUCCACUAUAACACCGAGGCGGGGAAGGAGGAUAUCGGUACGUAUGUGACGAAUAAGGAGGCGUUUGAGGUGACGGACGGGUUUGUGAAAGUGUGUGCGGGGCCGGGGUUGGGUAUUGAGGUGGAUGAAGAGGCGGUGAGGAGAUUGAGUGGGAGGGGGAGGCCGUGGAGGAGUGGGGCGUUUGUGGGCGAGGAUGGGAGUGUGAGGGAGUGGUAG